AACUUGACUUUAUUCAUAUGAACACAUCCAUCUCAUCCCUCUACAUAUAUAUAUAUAAACAAAAAUCUUUCUUGGAUAUUAUCUCAUGCAUAUGCAAGUAAUAGCAUAAUUCCUUCUUUAGCAAGUUAAUGAUGAGUGAAUUUGUUUACAUGGAAGAAGACUGGGAUCUGCAAGCAGUAGUAAGAGGAUGGACAGCCAACACUGAAGACUCGGCCAAUUUCAUGGACAACUCUCCAUCUUAUUUCACUUCUUCGAGUAUUCAACAGCACGAUUACUUUCCUUCAAGUUUCAAGGAAAAUUUCGAGAUCGAUGCAGUUUCUGACCAACUUUACGAGCCAUUCUUUCCGGUAUUGCAACCUCUUGCCACCACCUCCAUAUCUGUUCCUUGCAAAGAAGCAAAAGAGCCGCAAAAACAGAUCAGUCCGAAAUUGAUUACUAACGAGAGUAGCAAACCUACUACUUCUGUAGCAAAAUCAAGAAGUCGAAAGAAUUUGCACAAGAAGGUGGUACAACAAGCAGCAGAAGGUGGCUCACAAUCUGAUAUGUGGGCUUGGCGUAAAUACGGCCAGAAACCCAUCAAAGGAUCUCCCUAUCCAAGGAGCUACUACAGGUGCAGUAGCUUGAAAGGCUGUUUGGCAAGAAAACAAGUCGAAAGGAGCGGUUCAGAUCCUACACAAUAUAUUAUCACAUACACUGCUGAGCACAGCCAUACGCAUCCUACUCGUCGACGCUCCCUUCCUGGGAGCACCAGGACCAGUAAGUCUUCUCAGCACAAAGAAACAAACAUGCCAACAACAACAUCCACUGAAGAUGUGAUCCCAAAAUUGGAGGAGGGCCAAACAUUAAUAAUGGAGGAUCGUGGGAGUGAUGAAAUAAUGAAGCUUCAAGACAUGUUAUUCAAUGACGAUUUAUUUCCAAGCAUCGAGGAUUUUGAAGGGUUUUUCCCGGAUCAAUAUGCUGAUAGUUUUGAUUUAUUGACGAAUCUGGAACAAUAGCUUUGUUGGGUCAUAUUUACUCAAUGAAAAUUUAAAGAAGCUCGAUUUUUUUUUCCGAAAAAUUGUGUAGUCAAUUAGGGAUUUGGGGGCCUUGCAAUUUAUUUAAAAUUGUAAAGUAUAUAAUUUGAAUUCAAUGGUUUGGAUAAGAAAGUUCAUUUCUAUGUUAGUUAGGGCUAUUAAUAUUUGUUUGUA